ACAGAAACACAUGAUUGCUGUAGCUGCACGCGCCAUUUCAAUGAGCAACUGCAGUUACAGAUACAAGAGCAAAACCCUAGCUAAAACCUCUCAUUCUUCUCCUCUCUAGCAAACGCUAAGGCAUCGCCAUACACGGAAAUUAAAAUAAAUAAUUAAAAAAGGCGAAAAAUGAACGGUCCAAAUCGAUCAUUUAACGACGACGACGACGAAGACGAUCAAGGCGAAGUUUUCCUUGAUGAUUCCGAUAUCAUCCACGAAGUCACCGUCGAUGAAGAAGACCUUCCUGAUGCGGAUGACGACGACAACGACGACACGGAUGAUUCUAUGCACAUAUUUACCGGUCAUACCAGUGAACUCUAUACAGUUGCCUGCAGUCCAGCAGACCCUUUGCUAGUGGCGACUGGUGGAGGAGAUGACAAAGGGUUUCUUUGGAAGAUUGGUCUUGGAGAUUGGGCUGCUGAGCUCAAAGGUCAUAAGGAAUCUGUGUCUAGUUUAACAUUUAGUAGUGAUGGACAGUUGCUUGCAUCUGGAGGGUUUGAUGGGAUUGUCCAAAUUUGGGAUGCUUCGUCGGGAAACCUUAAAUGUGUACUCGAAGGUCCUGAUGAGGGCAUUGAGUGGGUCAGAUGGCAUCCAAAAGGGCAUCUGGUGUUGGCUGGUUCCGAGGACAAAACUGUUUGGAUGUGGAAUGCUGACAAAGGUGCCUAUCUUAAUUCAUUUGCAGGACAUGAAGCAAGUGUUACCUGUGGUGAUUUUACUCCUGAUGGUAAAACAAUCUGUACUGGUUCUGAUGAUGCAUCCUUGAGGAUAUGGAAUCCUAAAAGUGGUGAAAACAUACAUGUUGUGAGAGGUCAUCCAUAUCACACUGAUGGACUGACGUGCUUGGCAUUGAGCUCAGAUUCUACUCUUGCUAUUACUGGUUCAAAGGACAACUCCGUCCACAUCGUGAACAUUACUACUGGCAGGGUGGUUAGUUCUCUAGUUUCUCACUCGGAUUCCGUUGAAUGUGUCGGGCUUGCACCAAGCUCCCCUUGGGCUGCUACAGGAGGCUUGGAUCAAAAGCUUAUCAUCUGGGACCUGCAGCAUUCUUUGCCCCGUGCCUCAUGUGAACACAAGGAUGGAGUUACAUGUCUGGCAUGGCUUGGUGCAUCAAGAUACGUGGCUACAGGUUGUGUGGAUGGGAAAGUAAGACUGUGGGAUAGUCUCUCUGGUGAUUGCAUAAGAAUAUUUAGUGGCCACGCUGAUGCCGUUCAAUCCCUGUCUAUAUCUGCUAAUCAAGAUUAUCUUGUCUCGGGUUCAAGUGAUGGAACCGCAAGAGUGUUUGAGAUUGCAGAGUUUAAGUAAGCCAUGGUAGUAUCAAUAUAAGGCCUUGGAUUGUAAAAUUGAGGAUAAUCCUCUUCCAAAUUUUAAAUCCUUGCCCCACUCUUUCAAGUUUUAAUGGGAAUUCUAGAUUUUAAUUGUUAGAGCAUUCCCUAGAGAAAGAAAA